AGCAGUACCAGGGAGACCCGGGUCUGGCGCUGUGGGCCGGUAGCCGUGGGGCGGCAUGGAGGGACUGGUUGCCGCCGCCGGCGGGGACGUCUCCCUGCACAACUUCAGCGCGAGGCUGUGGGAGCAGCUGGUCCACUUCCACGUCAUGCGGCUGACAGACUCGCUGUUCCUGUGGGUGGGGGCCACGCCGCACCUGCGCAACCUCGCCGUGGCCAUGUGCAGCCGCUACGACUCCAUCCCCAUGUCUACCUCCCUCCUUGGAGACACUUCCGACACGACCUCUACUGGCCUUGCCCAGCGCCUAGCCAGGAAGACCAACAAACAGGUGUUUGUCAGCUAUAACCUUCAAAACACAGACAGUAACUUCGCAUUACUUGUAGAAAACAGGAUCAAGGAAGAGAUGGAGGCUUUCCCCGAAAAGUUCUAGCUGAGUGGCAGAAGUGAGAAUUUGUAAACUUAUGUACAAUGUACAUGUAAAUAAAUGGAUUGAAUUUCA